CCUGGCUUGCGUGCGCCAACCCUCCCUCACCCAACUCCCUCACCCAUCCAGCUGGCACUGUAGUUCAGACGGGACUGUGGAACAAAAGGGGCAGUAAAUCUCCAGGGCAACAGCGUGCCCAGCGAGCGGCGGCUCGGCGGUCGUUUGUCCUACCUGUCAGCACCCUGCGCUCGUCCCUCAUGCCAAUGCCUCCGUCUCUCCCCGCGCGGCGCAACAAUGCCGCUCGGCCUUCACCCCGCGUCGCCGCCCCGCUAUCUUUAGCCUCGCUCUGUUCCCGCGCGGGGGCUGCUGCGAGGAAGGAACACAAACCGUGCCGCAGACCCGUCUUCGUGUCGCCGUGGAGACCGGGACGAUCUCGCCGCGGGUGCCGCAGCAACAGGAGAGGUCUGAUUAUCACCUGCGGAAAGGCCCCUAAGCUGCAGCACGCUAAGGCUAACGCUAAGGCUAACGCUAACGCUAAGCCCGUAAUUGGCAGCAAUGCUAGGCGGUGUCACCUUCACAGCGCAGCGGCUCGAGCCGUAACGGGAGUCCCGAUGAAGGACGACGAUGCCGGAGCUCCGACGGAGCCUGGCAGCUGCUCGGGCUCGGAGAGCGAGGAGACGACAGACGACGGGUCGCCGUGCCCACCGGUGGGCACACCGCCGCGGGAGACGGCAGCGCCGGCGUGUGUGAGGGUGCGGGUGGACGGGAGCGUGUUCCCCGCGCAGCGCCAUCUCCUGGCGGGCGAGAGCGAGUACUUCCGCGCCCUGUUCCAGUCGGGCAUGCGCGAGAGCCUGCAGGAGGAGAUCGUGCUGCAGGGUCUUAGUGCCCGCGGGUUCCUCAUCACGCUCAGCGUGCUGCAGGGGGAGCGGCCGUUGCUGGGCGCGGACGAGAUCGUCGAGGUCAUCGAGUGCGCCGCCUUCCUACAGGUCCAGGCGCUCGCCAGGCACCUCGCCAACAUCCUCGACUCGGACAACUGCGUGCUGAUGUACCACACGGCGGCCGUCUACGGGCUGCUGGAGCUCUUCAAAAGCGCCGCGCUGUUCAUCCGCGACAUCCACGCCGACCUGCGGGACGAGCUGCGGCGCCUGCCCCAGGAGAUGGCGGGCUACGUGGAGUCGCUCCUCCCCAACUCGUACGCGAUGGUGGGCACACACUCGCCCUCCGCCCAGCUUCUGCGCGACCCGUGCCGCACCGUGUGCUACCUGGACGAGGAGGACGACGACUGGCGGGUGCUGACCAGCCUGCCGCCGGACGCCAGCACCACCUCGGCCAGCGUGGCCGUCCUCGACAACAAGCUGUACGUGGUCGGCGGGGUGGCGGACGUCAGCAAGAACGUGGUGGACUCGGGGUUCUGCUACGACCCGGAGGCGGACGCCUGGAGCGUGUUCCCGAGCCCCGCGCAGCUCCGCUACAACGCCUCCAUGCUGGCCCACCAGGGGGCGCUCUAUAUCCUGGGCGGGGAGUUCCAGCGGAAGCCCAUGGCCUCGGUGGAGGUGUUCCGGCCCGCCAAGCACACCUGGUCACCUGCGGCUAGCCUGCCGCGGAAAGCCACCAACGCGCCGUGCGCCAAAGCCAUGGACCGGAUGUUCAUCGGCCUCUGGAGGCCAAAGGACGCCACCGAGAUCUACGAGUACGUGGCCGAGCACGACCGGUGGGACUUGGUCACCACCCUCGUUCGACCGCAGAGCUACGGUCACUACAUGGUGUCCCACAGGGACAAUCUGUACGUCAUGAGGAACGGCCCGGACGACGACUUCCUGCGCUGCAUGAUGGACUGCUACAACCUGACGACGGGAGAGUGGACGGCCAUCCCGGGGCAGUACGAGGCGCUGUUCACGGCCGCGGUGCGAGGAGACUCCGUGUUCACGCUAAACCGUCAGGUGACGGAGGAGUACGCCAUCAGGGAUCUCCGCUGGAAGAGCAGGAAGACCAGGAAGGGCUUCCCCCGCAUCGGCACCAUGUGGACCUUCCUGCUGCGGCUGCCCAGGAGGAAGAGGGAGCCCCUGGAGAAGAGCGUCCCCACCAGCCGCCAGGAGCUGGGCCGGCACGCCGUCUGGGCCCCCGACGCCCACUCCUCCUGCCUGGACUAGCCUCUGUGCUGUCACAAACACAUUAGAAUGUCGCUUCUGUUGAUGUAAUAAUGAACUCCUCCUGCCUGGACUAGCGUCUGUUCUGUCACAAAGUUUUGGUCAAGUAGGUGCAUGCACAUCCCACCCUACUGGGGCCAUGUGCAGGACGCAUCAAAUGUAACAGUGAUAGUAGAUGUCCACACACUGGAGACUCCAAACCGACAAGGUUUAUUUAAAAACACCCAACGUUUCAACCCACCAGGGUCUUCUUCAGGCAUCUGUCACAAACACAUUAGAAUGACGCUUCUGUUGAUGUAAUAAUAAACUCAAUUAAUUUGUUUUUGAAAGGGGGGUUCGAAUCAGAGAUUUGUGACGAGAUGAGCUGCAAUGUUUUAAAAACCCUGCAACCGCGACUAGACAUGGUGAAUGCUUUGUGACGGCUUGCAACAGCUGGCAACAACAUGCAACAUUUAAUUCACACAGCUGCAACGGUUUCGUCUCGCCGCGGAUCUUUGGUGUAAAUUGGGUCUAAACGAUGGUCAGUAUGAAUUCUAGAUCUGGACAGUGGAGUUCUAGAAUGACCCUUGUUAAUGGGCAUGGACUUAACUAAAGGUCACUUGUUCUAAAUGCUGAGAGAAUGAGAUGAAUGAACAAGACGGAGUAGAUUGUAGAAGUAGAAAGAACAAAGAAUGCAAAGAAAAACACGACAAGCAAGUAGCACAACUUACAAUGAAACGAUAAGAGUGCUACUCUUAAAUAUCCACCAUUAACGGACGAUGGAAAGCCAAUCCAUCGUCUGUUAAGUACACAGUCAUUGGCUGCCAAGUUAUGUAAAAUCAUUACAAAUCUAAGUCUCUUGAGUUCCAUCGAUGUUCUUUGUAGAUUUGUUGACUCAUAUGGCUUCUGUCCUCGGGGAUAUAUUAAUGGAAGACAAAUAUGCAGAGGAAUCCUUUCUGUUUUCAUAUCAAACAAACCAUUUAUAGGGCUGGUGUUCCACAGAGAUUCCAAUUCCGAGAUUCCGUUUCCAAAGGGGGGUGAUCUUUGCCAGGGAAUGUCGGGUCGAGUGGGGCCAGGGGAGAGGAAGAGGUGAGUCAGAGAGAGAGAGAGAGAGAGAGGGAGAGAAAAGAGAGAGAAAGAGAGAGAGUGGAAGAACAGCUCUCAUAUGAGUGACGUAAUGAAAGCAGGUUAAAUUAAAGCUGUCAAACUAGAUGAGAAAGAUUAGCCACCAAAUUCCCAGCAUCUGCAAUCAGGCAAAGUGAUUGGUUACAAAACUUGAACUUGACCUCAGAGUUGUGCAAGGGAUCUCUUGCCCAGUGCUGAAUUCUGCGUUCUCGAGCAGACAACCAGCCUGUCCGCUCGCCAAAAAGUAUUCUCCUCCCUCAGUUCUUUCAUCCUUCGCCAGACAGUACAUCUUCUUUUCUUUUGUCUGUCCACCUCUUAGUAACACAAUGGCUCAUAUGAAAUACUUAUGGGGAAGCCGUUGACUGAAAUGAAUAGAACAGCACAGGAGACAGAUUAGGGACCUUUGAUUUCCCAGAGAGGGGGAGAAAUUAAAUUAAAUGAAAAACAUGUGUCAUGCAAAAUGUUGUCUACAUAUGUAUUUUGUCUGGCCAACAUCCCCACAGUCUCAAAUGAGUCUGCAUCUUUACCACUAACUGAUACGCAUGCUUACUGACAGGCAUUUGAAUAGCAAGUAGUAAGUGAUUAAAAUCUUAAAUGACGGGCAUAUGAUUAACACCUACAGCUAUGAGGUCCAGCUCACACAACAUGGAGUUCACUGGACUCUUUUUUAAAGUAUCUUUUUUGGCCGUUUUGCCUGUUUUUGAUUGGACGGUGAGAGACGGACAGGAAAUGGGAGAGAGAUGGGGUGGGAUCGGGAGCCCGGGUCACACUUGUACCAAAGUCCUCUUAAGUACCAAAGUCCUCUUAAGUACAAAAGUCCUUUCAAGCACGUCUCUCCACUCAGCAGCCAUAUUGCAGCGCACUUUGGGCACUUAUCAGGCAUGUAUUGCAGGCACAUGUGGGCCGUGUCCAAAAGUCAAGGGCGCACGCUGGAUAGUACCUCUCCAGUAGCGUCUCAGUUAGCUUGCUCCUCAGUAUGUGUCCCUACAUUUGGACAGCACAAACUAGUUGGCGUCACCUGACUCGGGGAGGGGGGUGUGUUGCUUGACCAUUUGCAUGACGUGUGGAGCUUGACCUGCGCUGCGCAAUGGUUUAUGGGAUAUCUGAGGCCAAAAAGAUGCAUCGAUGCACGCUUGGAAAUCACGCCAAACGGAGUACCCAUCUAGUGAGAGCGCUUGACAUUCGGACAGUCUAUUCUGGCGUAACUUCCGGAAAAUGCACGCUGCCCAGCGUGUGUACUUGUGAUUCAGACACAGCCGUGUAAGGCUUCAUGAUGCCAACCUCGCUCCUGCUGCAAGACCAACACAUGAGUGGAUUCACAUGUCAACAUGUCACAUGACAGAAGGGGUGGAAUGUGUGUAGACGACUGCCAUGUUUGCGUUACGAACUAACCCCAUACAUUUCUACGGGAGAUUCUGUGAGUGCUGUCUCUCCUCAUUAGAAAGUCUCUGCUUGAACUCUGUGGGCACUAAGACCCAUAUAUGGUAUGGGUGCUGCAACCAGUUGUGCCACAGCACCCCCCCCAGCUGGCCUCUUUGUUUCAUAAUUCAGAAGAUGAGUCAUUCAAAAUUGCGUGCUGUGGGGAUGGAGCAUAACCUGAUCGAAAAACAUAGGGGAAUCCAUGGGGUAAAGAAUGGAAGGCUACAAUGAUUACACUGUGAAGAAAUAUCAGUGAUCAAUGAUUGAGCAAUGAUGAGUUUGAUUCCAGUUUACUUGAACCUUUGU